UUAUUAUCAUCUGUCUAUAGGAUGUGACGGUCGCGAAUGUUGUUGUAAAAUUCCGUAACGCUAAAAUGAUAUUAUUUUAAUUAUAAUGUGUUUGGUAUAAUACGAGUGCGCAAAACAUACAAAAUGGUGAAAGACAAAUUGACUAUAUCUAGUGAAGUUAGUAGUAAAGAAAUUAAAAAUGCAGUUGACAUCGAUUUUGCUCUGAAUGUAGCAGGAAUGGGAUGGUACAACAUACGCUACGCUCUCAACCUGGCGUUGUUCCUCAUAGCGGCUAUAAUAGAGCCAGUGGGAUACUCGUAUGUUUUGCCAGCUGCGAAAUGCGACUUGCAAAUGACUGAUACACAACGAGGUGUUAUUGGAUCUGUGCCGUAUAUAGGUAUAGUUUUAACUUCAUUUCCAUGGGGAUAUUUGGUUGAUACGAAAGGAAGGAAGAAGAUGAUAAUUAUAAGCUCUCUCAUGGCUGGAGCGCUAGGCGUUCUUUCGGCAUUUAUGCCUGAUCUAAUAUCAUUCGUAGUUCUUAAAAGUCUCAUGUCUCUUUGCAUCGCAUGUCCUGCCGCUGUACCAUAUUCAUACAUCGGUGAAAUUAUUCCAGGCAGAUACAGAGAUAUAACACUCUCUGUUACAAAUGCUAUGCAAAUUUGUGGAUCUGCCUUAGUGCCCUUAUUUGCAUGGGCAAUUCUACCAUUAGAGUUCAGAAUCGACUUUGGAUCGUACUACUUUAGACCUUGGCGACUUCUCACAAUAAUAUAUGCUCUACCAUUUAUAAUCAGUGCUUGUUUACUGGCCUUCGGUCCAGAGAGCCCAAAAUACCUCAUGUCCCAAGGAAAACACGACGAAUCACUUCAGGUGUUGAGAACAAUAUACUCUUCAAAUAAGAGAAAACCGCCAGACGAUUAUCCCGUAAAACGUUUAUUGAUGCCGGAAAGCGAAGAAACAAAAAAACCGUCGUUCUUUAAAUCUCUCGUUAAUCAAAGCGUACCACUCCUAAAACCACCAUAUUUGAAAUGGAUGGCAUUAAAUGGAAUAUUACUUUUCGGUAUUUUCUCUACCUUAAACGGGCUCUAUAUGUGGCUACCAGAUGUGCUGAAUAGAGUGUUAACAGGAGGAGGCCAUGAGCAAACUGCCUGUCAAGUUAUUGCACAAAGAUUAAAUGAGACGCAAUCAAAUGCAGAAUGUGACGAUCAAAUAGAUAAAAUGACAUUUAUGAUCAACGCAAUUGCAAAUUUAUCCUGUGCUAUUAUUGCAGUAGGAGUUAGCAGUUUAGUCAAAAUUAUAGGCAAGAAAGUGCUGCUAAUUGCGGUAUAUCUUGUUAUAGGUGUAUGCUGUAUAAUGAUCAAUUUUGUCACACAGCAAGCUUUAUUCGCAAUUUUGUUAUCUUCCUUGCCUAUAACGGGUCUGGCAAUUGGUCCCGUAAAUGCAUAUGCUGUUGAAAUUUUCCCAACUCAAUUAAGGGGUAUGGCAGUCAGUUUAAGUAUGAUGCUGGGUCGGACGGGAUCCAUCAUCGGUACCAAUGUAGCUGGUAUUCUAAUCAAUGCCGCUUGUGAGAUUACGUUCUAUGGUUUUGGAGGAUUAUUAAUACUUUGUGCAGCCCUCUCUUUACUGCUACCUAGAGCCAAAAGACCUGCAGAACCCAUAAGGAGUACAUUGUAAACUUUAUCUAAAACAGGAUAAUAUUGUAUUCACCACUCAAUGUCUGAAGAAAAAAAAACCAGUAAAGAAGCCCAGAAAGCAGUGGACUACGGACAAAACACCAUCGUGUUCCGUCGAGCUGCUUUUAUUGGUAGUUAGAAUUUAUUUGCGACCCCGCCGGCGAAGAAAGACUCGUACCUACCAGCAGGCUGUAAAGCAAUUUUUUUCUAGCUUUAAGCCUAGUUAGUUUGUUGUAAUUUAUUAAACAUCACUGAUUUUUA